AUUCAAAUAGGAAAUAAAUUUCUCCAAGCAAAGUAAAUCCCGGCGCCUCCAUCCAGCUCGAUCACACAAAAAAAAGACGCCGUUCACAUAUCAGAUUAGAAGAAAGAAAAAACGGGUAUGGAAGAAACCGACCCGCUUUCUCAGCUGAGCUUGCCGCCGGGGUUCCGAUUCUACCCGACCGACGAGGAGCUUCUGGUUCAGUACCUGUGCAGAAAGAUCGCCGGCCAAGACUUCUCCCUGCAGAUCAUCGGAGAAGUCGAUCUGUACAAGUUUGACCCCUGGGUUCUUCCCAGCAAGGCGAUUUUCGGAGAAAAAGAGUGGUACUUCUUCAGCCCGAGAGACAGAAAAUACCCGAAUGGAUCCAGACCGAACCGGGUCGCGGGUUCCGGGUACUGGAAAGCAACCGGAACGGAUAAGGUGAUUUCCACCAAAGGGCGAAAAGUUGGAAUCAAGAAAGCGCUGGUGUUCUACGUGGGAAAGGCACCGAAGGGAACCAAAACCAAUUGGAUCAUGCAUGAAUACAGACUGUGUGAUGCACCAAGGAAAGCUGGCAGUUCUCGGCUGGAUGAUUGGGUACUCUGCCGGAUAUACAAGAAAAUGACGAGCGCAGAGAAGGCGGCGAUGGGGCCGGGCGGGCAGAGCAAAGAACAGAGCCACGCGUCGUCGUCGUCAUCGUCGUCGCAGCUGGACGACAUGCUGGAGUCGUUGCCGGAGAUCGACGACCGCUUCUUCGCUCUGCCGAGGACGAACUCGCUGCUGAUCAAACAAGAAGAGAAGCUGAUGAAUCUGCAAGAACUGGGAGCAGGGAACUUCGACUGGGCUUGCGGCUUUAACCCGUUGCCGGAUUUGGGCAACGGGAAUCAGCAGCCGGUGGUUUUCGGGAACGACGUGAACUAUGCUGCAAAUGACGUGUACGGCCAGGCCGUGGCAGCUAUGAACUUUCAGGCGGCGGGAGAUGAUGAGGUGCAGAGUGCGAUCAAAAGUCUACGGGCGGAGAACUCGCCCGGUUUCUUCCAACCAGCUGCAAGGUUUUCGAGCGCACCCGACCCGUUUGGAAUCCGGUACCCCAACCAGAUGACUGGGAUGGGGUUCAGGCAGUGAAUAAGGAUCGUGGCUGUGACUAAAUUUUGGAAUAUGAUCGAUCGAGCAGAGAGGUGCAUGGGUUAACGCCGCCUAUAGCUGACGCCUGGCCGGCCGGGAAAUAUAUAUAUAAAUAUAUUAGGAAUACCGUAUAAAUGAUGAAUAUUAUACUCCGUAUAAUUAAGAUUAAAUGCAUGUGUACGUAGGUCUCAAGGUUUUAAUUUAAAAGCAUUUUGUUGUUAAUUAAUUUUUCUUGUAGAAUGCAGGAGAGAUCAGAGUUACCGUCCGAGCAGUAGUGUCCUUGAUGAUGUUCUUUAUAAUUAUGAGUGCUUGAUUUCGGUUAGAAACCAACUUGAGUUUCAACUUGGGAUGACCCUAACCACGAUUAAAACAUGCUAAAAGUGUAAAAGUGAGACUUCAUUGUUGCAUACAAGUAAAAAUAUUUC